AAUUCCAAUCACACGCUACACACACUGACGACCGCCUCGCCCAAAUGCCAGUCAACGCUUCCACCUUCUAUCCCCCACAUUCUUUCUCUUUCUUCCUGUUCUAUCUCGCCAUUUAAACUGUAACCACCCUCCCUUCGAGAACGAGCACGAUAGGAGGGAAAGAAAGAGGUUGCGCCUGCGGCUCAUCACGGCGGUUUAGAAAGGAAACCGGCGCACUGAACUCCUCACCAAAUCAUAUAGAAUCUUGCCUUUUUCCAGCGAUUAGAUUAAUAGGAACCCAGCAGGGCUUGCACCAGCAAGUCACGAAGCCCCUCGCCCCAUUUAUUUAUUGAUAGGGACGAGGAGAGGGUACCGGGGCUUCCGAUCUGAUGCUAUAUGCCAAGAAUGAAACAUCUCCUUCGCAAGUUGCAUAUCGGCGGUGGCGGUGGACUCGAACAUCAGCAUCCCCAUCAACACCGAUUGGAUGAACCGAGAAUGGAGACGCCGCCUCCACCGACGAUGGUUCAGCCGGCAUCAUCUCCUUCAUUAUCUAUGAGCUCCACUUUGGUCUCGCCAUCGGUUGAUGGGGCGGAGAGUAGAUCGAGCGGAUCGCGAAGCGAGGCGGCGUCCACGCCUGUGGGGGCUGGGGGAAGUGAUUUUAGUCUCUUGGAGGAGGAGUACCAGGUGCAACUAGCCUUGGCGAUAAGCGCGUCAGGUCCUCACGGAACCGAUGAUAUAGACUCUGUGCAAAUCAAGGCCGCUAAGCAGAUGAGCCUGGACACUGCUGCAGCAACUGCCGGGGGCGGGGGGUGCACCGAGAGCAACAUGGAAUUGCUGUCGCUUCGAUAUUGGAGUUAUAAUGUUGUGAACUAUGAUGAGAAGCUAACGGAUGGGUUUUAUGAUGUAUAUGGUAUUAUCUCUGACCAUGAUAGAAAGAUGCCAUCUUUGGUGGAUCUUCAAGCAACAUCUGUUUCAGAGAUACUGGAAUAUGAAGUGGUUUUAUUGGACCGAACUGUGGAUUGUGCAUUACAACACUUGGAAAAGAGAGCAUUACUUAUAGCUUCUGAAUGCAGAGCAAUUGAAAAUGGACCUAUAGCCAGUUGUUUAGUCCAAAAGAUUGCUCAUCUUGUUGCUGAAUAUAUGGGUGGCCGUGUUGAAGAUGCUGAGGAUAUGCUUAGAAGGUGGAAAAUUAGGAGUAAUGAAUUGCGUACUUCUCUGAAUACUAUCGUACUUCCUCUUGGUUUGCUUGGUGUUGGAUUGUCACGUCAUAGGGCCUUGCUUUUUAAGGUACUAGCUGAUCGGAUUGAUCUUCCCUGUAAGUUAGUGAAGGGGAGUCAUUAUACUGGCACAGAUGAGGGUGCCAUAAACUUGAUUAAAGUUGAUUACGAAAGUGAAUAUAUCAUCGAUCUUAUGGGUGCUCCUGGCACAUUAAUUCCUGCUGAGGUCCCUAGCAGUCAUCUGCAUAAUUCUGGAACUAUCCUGCAUUGCACUGAUACAAUUGAACAGUCUGUUAAAGAUCUUUGCUUGGCCCUUGAUAAGGUUAGCUGUCAAUUUGAGAAGAAAAGUGAUGUAUCAGAGGAAAAUACUUCCGAUAAUAACUCCAUUUUAGGAACUGUGGGCUUACCAUCACAAGAAAAAUCAGAACACCUAUGUGAAGGUGAUUAUAUAAGAGUUGAAAGAAAAAGUCUAAUUGAAGGAUGUGGACAAGAAAAUGAGACAGUUACUCAAACCACAAGUGGAGUGCAGCGAGUUAUAUCACCUGUUGAGCAGAUGAAAGUUAAUGAUGUCUCAAAGUACGUUGUUACUGCUGCGAAAAAUCCAGAAUUUGCUCGAAAACUUCAUGCUGUUCUGUUGGAGAGUGGUGCUUCACCACCCUUGGAUUUGUUUUCAAAUCUAAAUACUGUGCAUGGUCUGGUAGACCAAGGGAUCCCUACAAACAGCAUAAGUGUGGAAGGAAGUCUAGGUAGGGAAGAGGGCAAGGAAGAGCAGUCUCCAUCUUCGUCCGCAAACCCUGUUGUCGGUAGAAAUCCUUCACCUUUUUUGAAGACAAAUCAGGGUUCUAUUUUAGACAGUUCCCAAUUUAAGGGAUAUCUUGUUGCAGAUGAGGCUAAUAGAAGCCACCUGGUAUCUGUAAGUAAUGCUAAGAAAUCUGCUCAAUAUUCUGAGGCAAAAGAGGAAGGAAGCAAUAAUGAUCUUCACCUGUCGAGUGGUUCUGAGAAAGAAAGUUUCAAACCGUUAUUGGAUGGUGUUGCUGAAUGGGAGAUUCCAUGGGAAGAUCUUCAGAUAGGUGAGCGAAUUGGUCUAGGUUCUUAUGGGGAGGUAUAUCGUGCUGAUUGGAAUGGCACUGAUGUUGCUGUGAAGAAAUUCUUGGACCAGGAUCUAUCAGGAGAUGCAUUGGAGCUGUUCAGAUUCGAAGUCAGAAUCAUGUUAAGGCUACGACAUCCAAAUGUGGUUCUUUUUAUGGGUGCUGUCACACGUCCACCAAACCUCUCUAUUUUGACGGAGUUUCUCCCAAGGGGAAGUUUAUAUAGAUUACUUCAUCGUCACAAUGUGAAACUUGAAGAAAAGCGGCGGAUGAAGAUGGCAUUGGAUGUGGCAAAAGGAAUGAAUUACUUGCAUACAAGCCAUCCCACUAUUGUACACCGUGAUUUGAAGUCCCCAAACCUUCUUGUAGAUAGAAAUUGGGUUGUUAAGGUUUGUGAUUUUGGCUUGUCUAGAUUGAAGCACCACACGUUCUUGUCUUCGAAAUCAACUGCUGGAACUCCAGAGUGGAUGGCACCAGAGGUCUUGCGAAAUGAACCUUCCAAUGAAAAGUGUGAUGUCUAUAGUUUUGGUGUAAUUUUGUGGGAAUUGGCUACCAUGUGCAUGCCGUGGAGUGGAAUGAACCCGAUGCAAGUUGUUGGAGCAGUGGGUUAUCAAAAUAAACGUCUUGACAUACCCCAAGAGGUUGAUCCUUUGGUCUCAAAAAUAAUUACCGACUGUUGGGAAAGUGAUCCCAAUCUGCGCCCCUCAUUUGCACAGCUGUUGCCACACCUUAAGCAAUUACAGAAGCUCAUUGUCCCUAUGAGUUGAAGCACCACCUGUUAUAGUUAGCAAUUUGAUCCUUCCAGUAAAGCGCACUGGGAGUUGGGAUGAACUGCUUUGUUGCGGGUUUUUAUUUAUUUGAACAUCAGAUUCUGACGUUCGCAAACUGAAGUGGUUUUUGGCUGUUUAAUCUCUCUCUGAAGCUGUGGAAGAGCAACGGAGGAAGCGACAUUGAUGGGAGAGUGCUGAAGAGCACCACAUUGGCAUAUAUGUGUAUGAUCCUUAUUGUUUUGUCUCAGAUUCCAAAAAAGUUUGGAAUGGUGACAAGUCUGAAUUCUAUACAACAGAUGGACUUGUGAUUAUUGUUGGAUUCAAAGAAAUGUUAAAAAAAAAAACGGAAAGAUGAGUGUGGGCAAUGCAUAAGUCGCAUUAGCCUCUUAUAAUCAUGUUUGUUUCAAUAAUGUAUAUUGUUGCUGCUUCUGUUGUUGCCACUCAAAUUCAGUAUACUGUGCUUGGAAAUGAUUUUAUAUCAUUAGCAGGUUAAUUAAGAUUUUGUUUGGG